GUGUUAAAAGAGAGAGAGAGAGAGAGAGAGAGAGAAAUCUGUCGAUUUCCAUAGUAUUAGGAGAGUGGCAGGAGGAAGGCAAGAAUGGAAGCAUUGACCACAGAUUUGGAUGACUUUGAAUACUCCAAAACAGCCUCGUCCAUGGGGAUUUAUUUGAUCUCUUCUUCUCCUCCUUCGUCUUCUCUCUCGAAAUUUAUUAUUAUUUAUUGACAAUAGGCAUCGGUUUUUGCUUCCUUUUCUCUUGGAUUUUUUCGGGUCCAAGGGAUACCGACCCAGAUCGCGUUUUGGGUUAGAACCAAUUUGAAGAUGAGGUUCCUUCCUUAUUGUUGAAUAAUUGGUGCUGGAGAGAAUUCACUCUGUCUGAAUCUGUUGCGUUUGAAGGUUAUUCAAUUUUUUUCUUAUUUUGAGCUUUGGUUCUUCCGUUCUCUCUGUUGAUUUGAAUGCACCGCAGUUGAAUUCUCUUCCACCAAGACCGAUUUCGAGAUUUCGAGUUAUUAGAAUAACCUGCUCUGAUGUUCUUGACGAAUCUUGGUAUUCAUAAGGACGCGAGUUAUAGAAUUUGAUGAGGAUAUCAAUUUAUCCUGGCAAACCCAACUGACUUUUGACAGAGAGUUGGGAGUAGGUCCUUUGUAGGUUUCAAAAGUUUGUGAUGGCUGGUGCGCAAGAUCAGUUAGAGAUCAGAUUCCGGUUGACUGAUGGGUCAGAUAUUGGUCCCAAAAGCUUUUCUGCUGCUACAAGUGUUGCAACCUUGAAGGAAAGCAUCCUUACUCAAUGGCCUAAAGAAAAGGAGAAUGGUCCUAGAACAGUCAAAGAUAUGAAGUUAAUAAGUGCAGGGAAAAUAUUGGAGAAUAGCAGAACACUGGGGGAAUGCCGAAGCCCAUUAUGUGAUAUGCCUGGUGGGGUCACAACCAUGCAUGUUGUCGUGCAACCGCCUAUGGAGAAAGAAAAGAAAGCACUGACCGAACCAAAGCAGAACAAGUGUGUCUGCACUAUAUUAUGACUUCAGUUCCAAAACCGUCAAUCGCCUUAUUUUGAGGGGGGUAAAGAGUGUUGUUGGAGCUCGUUACAAUAUUGAUGCUGUUGAAAUGCUGAAUGAUGAGAGACUGUGACAUUGUGUGCAUUACUUAUUGGGGGAGGGUCAUUCAGUUGUUUUCUCACCCCUUUUUGGUAUACCUUGAUCAUGUCGUGUCGAUGACAUGAAACGCUGCGAUUAUUCUACAAUAUCUCAGAUGAAUUUAUAAGUUACAGCAUUCGUUUUCCAGAUUUUACUUGUGAAUGAAUUUCAUUUUUCAUAAUGUUAUUUUCACAAUCUGAGUUGGGUAUAAAGGUUCAGUAUCGGUGGUUACGCUGAAUCCGAGCCUCGGAAGUGAAACUCAUGAAGCAAUUGAAUCUGUGUGACUUGGUUGUGUGACUAAUUGAGGCUAGUCUUUGUAUCCUUGAACAUGAGUCUAUCUGAUCUUAUUGGUGUCAAUAUAUAUGUUAUUGAAAAUAGAUACAUUUCUAUUAGCAGAA